AUGCCCAUUACAACACCAGUACCGCAAGAUAGCUUACAGCAGUGCGCCGAAUCCAUAGGGACUCGAUAUGGGGCUGGACGUGAAAAGGACACACCAUUUUCUCUUUACUUCGUUGCCGUUCUGGGGUAUGUUUUACGAUGCAAGUAUGGGAUAAGUAGGCUUAUCAAUCCCAUUCUGGGGGUUAGGACACACCAGAGCCUUUCUCCGGCAUAUCUAAAGAACGCAGAAGCCGAAAUAGCAGCUGAGCUCGAUUCCGGAGAAGCAUCCCCUGAAACUCGUCAGCGCGUCAGGUUUUUGUCUAGUUUCCGUACAGAAGCUACUGCAGAUUUCUUCAACAACAUUACGCUCAUGUUCCAAUCUUUCCCCACGAUUUACAGGGAUCUUUGGAACGGCAAAUCAGUCACUUGUGCUACCACUGGCAAGAGCUUAGACGCUGUUGAUGCCAUCAGCGCCUACUUCGUGGAUGCUUAUGCGAGUCCUUUGAUACCAAUGGCGCGCGCUAUCACAGGGGAAUCAGUCCCCAUUAUUUCCUUCUUACCAGUUCAUGCUUCAUAUAUUCUCCAUCUUCAUGGUCCCGAGGAAAUGGGCGGACAUGGAGAUUUGGGCGCGAAAAUUGACGCAGAAGCAGUUCGAUCUGGAGUCACAACAAAGGAAAUUGGCGACAAGUUGUUCUACCACACAGAAGGAAAAGUUAAUAGAGUUCCAGGACUCCCUCCGAUGUACGACUGGGAACACUUCCCGCAAAAGAUCGAAAAUGAUAUGCCCGUUUCUGAUUUUUUAAGACUUGCGUAUUCCGGUUUUGAGGCUUGCGACGCUCUAUUAUCUCUCUCUGCUUACGACUUCGAGCCCGAGUCGAUGGAAGCAUUGAAAAUGUGGUAUGCCAAGCAGUGGGGAAAAGAACUCUACGCGGUUGGCCCUUUGGUAGCCUCUAGGCCAACCAAAUACGGAAUAUCUUCCAACAAUGAUAGCAUCUCAUCUGACAUAGAACACUUUCUGGACGAAGCCUUGCAUCAAUAUGGGGAGAAGUCACUUGUUCUGCUCUCCUUUGGCUCUAUAUUCUGGCCCAGCAAAUCUGAGUAUGUUGAGGAGGUUGUCGAGGCUUUGAUUGAGAAAAAAUUUCCUUUUAUUGUAUCCUAUGCUUCUCCUUACGCUAAGCUUUCGGAUGCCUUGAUCAACAAAGUCAACGCGAGUGGGAUUGGUAUUAUCUCUAAAUGGAUCCCACAGAAGUUUAUCCUUGACCAUCAAGCCACUGGGUGGUUCAUCACCCACGCUGGGCAGAGCGGUGUUCUAGAGUCUUUGGAUAGUGGUGUUCCGAUGAUAUGUUGGCCAUUUAAAUUCGACCAAUCCCCAGCUUCUGCUUACCUCUCCGAAUGUCUCCAAGCCGCCUUCGAAUUAGUUGAAGUAAGGACAGGAGAGAGUGGGAUGAAGCCCAUGUUUAGGCAUGGUCGAAAACCUCAGGGUACUCUGGAAGCUGUUGGUGCAGAAAUCCGUGAGGUUCUAGAUGCCUGUCGUGGAGAAAAGGGUUCAGUUUUACGGAGAAAUGCUGAAGACAUGAAAUUGAAGUUUUCAAAGUCUUGGGGACCCGAUGGUCAUAGCCGAAGAAAUUUUGACGACUUCCUUCGCAAAUUCGAGCUUAAUUUACACGAGUCGACACUUGCCUUGUGA